AUGGAAAUAAAUUUGGACUCUGAAGUGGACACAGACAGUCAAUUUUGUGUCAAAUGGUCAAAUCAUCAUGGCACUCUAAUAUCUGUACUUGAAACAUUAUUCAAUGAUGAAAUGUAUGUUGAUUGUACAUUGGCUGCAGAAGGCCAAGAAAUAAGUGCUCACAAGGUUGUCCUUUCUGCAUGCAGCCCUUUUUUAAACAAGCUACUAAAAAAGCAUUAUGACAAACACCCUAUUAUUUUACUAAGGGAUGUCUCAUUUUUUGAACUUCAAUGUGUCAUUGAAUACAUGUACAAAGGGGAAGUUAACAUUACUCAUGACCAGCUAUCAUCUUUUCUCAAAGCAGCAGAAACACUACAAAUUGCAGGGUUGUCUGGAGUCUAUGAAAAAAAUAAACAAGAUUCCAAAUGCAGCAAUUAUUCAAAAGAUAUUGAAAGGGUUGACGAUUGUGAUAUGACUGCAGGGGAGCCAGAUUGCAUGCCUCAUAAAAGACUUAAGUGUGAUUCUGAAGAAGUUGAUUAUAUUGCACAAGAAGAUUCCAAUGAAGUAGAUCAAAUAAAAAUCAAAAAUGAAUAUGGAAAUUAUCAAGUAUAUUUAGUAGAUAAUGAAACAGGGACUUUGAAAGAAAUGGACAUGUCAAAUGAUUUGAGCAAUGAAAAAGUAACUGCUGAAGUAAUCGAUGAAAUUUUUAAUGAAGAAGCAAUUCAAGAAUCGGCUCACGAGUUAAAUGAUCAUGGUGGAAACAAAAUAUUUAAAGAAAAGCACUUACCUGACAAGAUGGCUGCUGUUUUUGGUAAAUCUAGAAUAAAACCCAGAUCUGUUAUACACAGAGAGGAUUAUAACUUCAGUUGCACCAAAUGCGGAGGUUUAUAUAAGCAUGAAUCGAGUUUUUUAAAUCACUUAAGACAUGAUUGUAAUCAAAUACACACCUGUGAAAAUUGUCAUAAAAGUUUUAAAAAUAAAAGACAUUUAUUAGAUCAUGUGAGAGACGAUUGUGGAAGAGUUCACAUAUGUCCUAGAUGCAUCAAUUUGACAACUCAUAUGAAACAUUAUUGUAGACCUGAAAAAGUUCAAAAUGCUCAAACAUUUGUAGCAUCAGAUGAAACAUUAUAG